AUGACCGAAGCCAUGCCCCAGUCCGGGUCAGAUGCCGGGUCAGGCCCCGGCGCCCACCCUGGCGGUGUUCGAAAGAAGUUCGCAACACCCCCAGCGAAGCUUGCCUGUCUUGCGUGCAGAGCUUCGCGAACUAGAUGCAACGGUGGCCGCCCAUGUGCCAGUUGUCAGUCCAAAGGCCGAGAAUGCGUUUACAUGCCCAGCAAGCGUGGCGGCGCCCGUGUGCGCAAGAAGCCAAAGCAGAAUUCCGAAUCCGCGGCGCAACAGCAAUCUCUCCCCGAGGUACCUGAAAUACCUCAGGAGCCCAUCUCCAUCGAGCGCUAUAUUGAUCCGGGCGCUGGUCUCAAGCAGCUCGGUGACUAUUACCCAGACAGUGAUUUGAUCUUUGAUAGCUUGUUCAUGAACGACGCAUCAAGUUACUUGGCAAAUGAAACCGGCCUGGGUCCGUCGCCACAGCCUCCAGUGCCGACAGUGCCAAUGGUUCGCACGUAUAAGGACAACGUGUCAAUACUCAAUGCCUAUUACGUUUAUAUACAUCCUUACUUUCCCAUUCUUCCCCCACCAACCACAACCCCCUUGGACAACCCUGUGGCGAGGUUUCAAAACCAGCCAUCAGACUUUGAAGGCGAUUUCGAACCGACGUCCGCCAUAGCGCUCGCCAUCUCCGCGGUGCUAGCUCUUAUACCAUGCGCCAAUGAUAUUAAUCACGCCACCCCGGAAUCGCUGCGCUUCCGUCGAACGUAUGCGCAACUCAUGGCGCAGAGCGCGAUCGAGCACAUCGAGGAGGAGGAUGAGAUUCCAGAAUCAUCCACUAUACCUCAGGAGGCCCUGUCCUACGAAGCACCGCCUUCUCCGCCGACCCGAUCAUUGUUUCACCCCGAUUUGCCUCAGGAAUUAGAAAACAUCAUCGCGCUGGAUAUAUUGAGUGUCUACGAAUAUGGCCAACGAGGAAACCUGAGGAAGAUGCAGAGUCGCGCAGGCCAAGCCUUCUUCGACGCGAUGGCUCUCAACCUUCACAACUGCACUGAGGAGGACCGCUUUUCAGAAGCUCGGAGGAGGGUGUGGUGGAUGACGUAUAUAUGUAUCUGCCAGGGCUCGAUCGUCAGCAACACGAAGCCAACAUUUGCGCCAUUCGCGUCAAGCUUCACGGCGAAAUUCCCUGUCAUCCUAUCGGAUCCCGAGGCUUUCCCUACUUUUGUGCAAGCUCAACAGGCCAUUCUAUCUGCCACACAAUUUGUGAUAGACCUCAACAAGACACUCAAGGAUAACGGAGACAUGUCGAGAAUAUACCAACGAAUGCAGGAGCUGGAAACAAUGCUUGAGACCUUGAUCCUACAGUCCGAAGCUUUCGCGACGCGGCCAAUGACAACAACGACAGUCAACACUGCAGAGGAGCUGGUGGGACACACCCUGAGGUGCAUGUCACGCAUCAAACUCAACAGCGCCAGGAUCAAAGUCCACCGUUACUGUGCAUUUUUUGAUCUUCCUGUUUUUACUGGAAAACACUGCGAUCUCAAGUCCAAGAACGGAAACGAUGCGAACCAGGAACCUCGUCGAUGGCACACAUGUUCCUGCAGUCCCUGGGCUCCCACGCCUUCCACAACGUCGGUUACAUCUCCAGCCGAUAGUGCCAGUCAGGCCAACAUGUCGCCAGCUGCCAGUUCGAUGCAGGGGUCCAUGCCAUCCCCCAGAUCCGAGGUCGGCGUCAGCACGCCGGGUUCGGUCAUGACUACGUGCCCUUUCAGCAGUCACGAAUCCGCAAAGAUCUGUCUCCGGUCUGCGCUCAAUAUCGCCGCCGAUUUCGACAGGAUGCCGUACCCGAACCCGUCAGCAUUGCCUCCGUUCCCUAGCAACCACGGCGCGGCUCCAGGGGCCGUGGGGAACGGAAACGCUAGUGACAGCCCCGUCUUCUACCUAUCCCCGACCUCGACCAUCGUUGCGCCACGGACCAUGCCAUCAUUUGCUUGCUGCGCCAUGCAGUGCGCCUACUCUCUGCUCAUGGUGCACGAAAAGACCAAGGCGCUAUAUCCAUACUCGUACCCGGGGCCAGCAAACGUCGAGUCCAUGAACGCAGAUAGGGCUAACGGCGGGCCACUAGUCAGCAACCUGCUUGUCAGGCUCCAGCAGGGUUUGAUGAGCAUUCUUGGCACGCUGGAGAACUAUGGAACUGCUUUUGAGGCGCUGGGCGGCAUGCGAGAUCAAAUACGGAACGCUAUUGAGCCGACUAUGGCAUUGCAGUACUGA